CCGUCAUUUUCUUAUUAUUGCACCGCAACCGCAUCGCAGUGUAUCUGAGUAACAACACGGUCGCUCCAAAUCUCAUAAAAAACACAAAAACAAACAAAACAAACCAUCCAUUCGUAUUACCAACUCAAUCGCACUCAUUUUCUCCCCUCUUCGAAAAUUCGAUCGAAUUCGAAAGCGAUGAAGUUGAAGCGUAAUAGGUAGUGGCGUCGCGUCUCGUGUGAAAAAGAACUAUCACAUACACUACCUGAAUUCACGUUAGGGAUUAAUAUUAUUAUCAUUAUUAUUAUUAAUUAACUAGAUCGAGAGAGAAAUGAAGGACGAGGAGGGGAUUCCGACCACCGCCGCGGUUGCGAAGAAGGAACCAUUGGAUUCGGGUUUGUUUGGGAAAGGGAAGUAUAAGUUUUGGGCAUUAGCGGCAAUUUUGCUUCUGGCAUUUUGGUCGAUGUUCACCGGCACCGUCUCCCUGCGCUGGUCCGGCACUCUGAAUUCCCUUUCCAACGACAUGGAUCCUCCCAUCCACGACGAUCUCGAUGUUCUCGAAAUGGAGGAGAGAGAGAAGGUGGUGAGGCAUAUGUGGGAUGUUUACACCAACAGUCGCAGGAUCAGGCUGCCGAGGUUCUGGCAGGAGGCUUUUGAGGCUGCCUAUGAGGAUUUGACGAAUGAUGUGGCUGAGGUCAGAGACGCUGCAAUUACCGAGAUAGCUAAGAUGUCUGUUCACUCCAUUCAAUUUGAUCCACCUCCUGUUAAAUCUACGAGUGCCCGAGAAUUCAGCAAGAGCCUUGAUCAAGCUGAUAAAGGAAAAGAAGCAACGUUGUCGAGACCUGCUUAGUUUUUAGUGUGUGGAACAUUCAAGCGUCUGACCUAUACUUGAAAAUGCUGGAGUGCUACUAGAAGAUUGAGAAGAGAUAGUGACAGACGACCUCACUCGAAUUUUCAUGUUUCCAUCACGGGGAUAAUCACUUAUUUUAUUAGGCUGUGGUUCUUUCUAAUUUAUUCAGUCUUCACGAAGUGAGGAGUGGUAAUUUGAACGACUUUUGAACAGACAAAGCCAACUGAGCAUCUAAAUUAUAAUUCUUCCAUGUUUUAUCAA